UUGGGGAUUUCUCCCGGUCAGUAUGGGACGGAAAGUCAACGCGGACUUCACUCAAGCUAUUUACUGAGAGAGCAAAGUAGAGCUCUCCAGCUGAUGGACUUACAUUGAAGUUAAAAAAUAUGGAAUAAUUUCAGGACGCUUUCAACUGAAGGAAAACGUAUUUGGAAACGUCUUUAUCCCACCUGAAAGAUAUCAAACGAAAACCUUGGAAGUAGACAUUGUGUGGGCAGAAGUGGAACCAUACCAGUUGGCUCUGACACCUGUGUUUGUGUUGGUGUUUUUACUGACCCCCUGCCUAACUCCUCUCAUCUUGUGUUACCCCUUUCAUCACCUCCAUCACUUGGUCUGUUUUAGUGGGCUCCCAGCAGAACCCUCAUCCCUCUCUCCCUUUCCAGGCCGUGUGACUCCCCCCUCUAUGCACAUCAGUCUGUGCGUGGCCCCCAAAGAGUCUCGGCCCUUUCAUGGAACUCCGGCCCUUGGGGCCCCCGUGACCCCCACCACCACCACUACUGCUGCUGCUGCUGCUGCUGCUGCUGCUGCUGCUGCCCCCCUCUUGCCCCCUGGUACUCCAUCGGCUCUGGGGCCUCCCCCUCCCCCUCCACCACCUCCUCCUCCUCCUCCGCCCCCACCUCCUCCACCUCUGUCGUCUUCCCCGUCCCUGCUCUCCUCGUCCUCGCCGAUGUCAGCGCUCUCCAGCCUGGAGUGCAAGCGUCGGCAGCGGAUGCGGAAGCUCAACUGGGAGCGGAUCCCACGGGAGCGCGUGGAGGGCCGCCAGAGCGUGUGGAGCGGGCCGGCCGCCGUGCGCGACGAGGAGGACUUCGCACUGGACCUGCGCUCGCUGGACGAGCUGUUCGGCCAGAAGGAGGCACGCGCUACCGAGCGUUCCGGAAGCUUCCGUCGGAGCCUGCUGCGCUGCCGAUCGCCACAGGACACCAGCCUCGACAAGGUGACAAUCCUGGACUCUAAACGGAGCAUGAACGUGGGGAUUUUCCUGCGGCAGUUUAAAACCGCUGCCACGGAGAUUGUGGAUGACAUCAGACAAGGGGCCGGUGGUCGCUAUGGCGCUGAGAAACUGUCCGAACUCCUCAAGCUGUUGCCUGACAGUGACGAGGAGAGCCGUCUGAAGAAGUUCAGUGGGGAGCACAGUUCUCUGGGGGAGCCGGACCUCUUCAUGCUGCUGCUGGUGGAGGUGCCCAGUUUUCGUCUGCGUCUCGACGCCAUGAUUCUGCAGCAGGAGUUUGACCCUGCCGUGACCUCUCUCUGUGUGGCGGCCAGAUGUCUGGAGGAGGCGGCCAGAGAGCUGCUGAGCUGCCCUGAGUUGCACUCGAUCCUGAGGCUGGUGCUGAAGGCGGGGAACUACAUGAAUGCUGGUGGCUAUGCCGGUAAUGCUGCGGGAUUCCGCAUCGCUUCGCUGCUGAAGCUGGCCGACACCAAAGCCAACAAGCCAGGCAUGAACCUGCUCCACUUCGUCGCCAUGGAAGCUGUGAAGAAAGAUGAGUGCUUGUUGUCCUUCCCCGACCGUCUCUCCCACUUGGCCUCUGCCUCAAGGCUGUCAGAGGAGUCAGUGCUGGACGACCUCUGUCGACUCCAAAGCAGGGUGGCGUCGCUGUCACUCAGUGCCCAGAGCCAGCCUGAAAUCCAGCAACACAUGCAGCAAUUCCUCGAGGUGGCGGAGGUGCGUCUGCAGGAGGCUGAGGGGGAGGUGCAGGCCUUGCGCCAGAGCAGCCAGGCCCUGGUGGAGUUCCUCUGUGAGGACGAGACCUCCUUCAAGCUGGAGGAGGCCUGCCGCAUCUUCCACUGUUUCUGCCACCGCUUCCAAAGAGCUGUGCGGGAGAAUGCCGAGCGUGAGCAGGCGGAGCAGAGGCGCGUGGAACGCGAGCGCGAGUGCUCGGAACGCCGGCGCUCCCUGGCGCUGUGCUCCUCUCCCAGCUUCUCCGGAGACUCGGGCCUGGCCGAGAGCUCGACGGACGAUCUGGAGCGCACGCUGGAGCGCAGCCUGAGCCGCAGCGGCAGCACCCGGAGCCGACGCAGCCUGCGCAACUCCACAGACGGGCGCCGCCACUCGCAGUUCACCUUCCCGGGGGACUCGCUCGAACGAGAAGCGCAGGACGCCACGCGCUCCGCCCCACACACACCCUCGCCCACGUUUGAGAGCAGCAUGAGCCCCACGAUGAGCAGGCGAACAGGAAACGUAUAUAACACUGUUAUGCAAUACAUGCUGUCCUCAUCUCAUUCAGUGACUCCACCCUCCACACUGCAGGCAGAUGGCAUGGCAAAUGGACCUACGUUAACACACAGUCGUGAGGCAACAGACCUUGAACACACAUUAAACACACGUGCCAGAGUAAAUCAACACACACUGAACGCUGAUGCACAGAGGACGCUACGUACAGAUAAUGCACAGAUACAGCAGGUGCAGGCUGCUGUUGGCCAGAGUCCUGUUAGUAAUAUGACCACUACAUGCAUGACGAUCGCUAACAGUCCCAGUCGGCUUAGAGGACCUGUGAACUCUCCAGAAAACACCUCAGUGAACCUAUCCCACAAUCCUCUGGGACGGUCUGUGGAUCCCUCAGAAGUUAUUGGACCUACUCUCAAUAACAGCCCCUCCCAUCUCAGUGCCUUACCCUGUCCCCCAGUGACCAGGCCAGUUCAGGAAGCAUCUAGAAGCCUGUCGCCACAUGCCAUGGAAGUCCCAGGUGGUGUUGCAAAUAAGUCUGGUAAGGUGACCGCAUCGAGACCCAACAGCAUCCGAGUGGCCGUUGGCGUGCGUGAGCGUGAACCCCGUACACCAGUGCCCUCCGAAACUGCAGAGGUCGCCCCGUCCUCUCCCGACUGGCCUCGGCCCGUCACCUCGCCCUCCAGGGAGUCCCGCGUGCCUUCCACUCCCUCCCGCCCUCGUCCAGCGUUGGCGGACGAGGCUGACCGCGCAUACCCGCGCGUGGGCGAGACCCUGGAGUGCCACCUGCUGGUGCGCGGGCUCCGCUCGUACGACACCCUGGGCAACCCGGCGCCCAUGCCCUCCCCCCCGACCUCUCCCUCUCCCCUACCCCGGCCGACCCCCGGCCACUGCUCCAAGUGGAAGAAGGAGAGGGAGGCCGAGGAGAGGGACGGCGCGCUCUCUCCGUCCUCUUCGUCCGCCUCCUCCGUCGCCCACGCAAAAGACGACCCGCAGGGCAGCAAGACGGCAGUCGCAGCCCGCGGGCCCAAGAGGGGGUUGUCGGCACUACGCUCGGCGCCUCCUAGCAGUUCAGCCAGCCCGAGAGUUCGCUCCAAACCCGGGCCGGCUCCUUCGGACUCCCCAGCGACCUCCCGCGCAUCCCGCAUCACCCCGCCUCGCUCCUCUUCCCUGCGCUCCUCCCCCAUCACGCGGCCGACGGCUGCCCCCGCCCAGAUUCGUCGUAGCGGCAGCGCCAAGGAAACCGCCGGCCCCACCACGGGUCAGCCCGUCCGCCGCGCGCCUGACAGGGCCCCGGAGAGAGAUCAUCCUCUGGCAGGCGAGAGGGAGAAACCCACGGCCGCCGCCGGUCGCGAGACGUUCGUCCGUGGCUCCCCGCUGCGGGUGUCCAAGCGCGUGGCGCCUCACGGCGAGGCCACGACGGCGACGCAGACGCGUGGUGGAGCCCACAGUCCCUCGUCCUCCUCCAGCACGCCCAAGAACAUCCGCACCACCGUCAUCUCCGCUGCUCGCGCCAAGACCACCAAAACAGAGACAUCCGUGCCCAAGGCCACCGCCGCUGCCGGCACACGCAUCCCUGGAUCCAAGAUGCCGCGUGCUGCACCCACGUGGAAGUGAACAUGCAACAAGAUAUGAAAGACAUUUACACAUUCAGAUGCACCUGCACAUUCAGCCGUAUUAUGUGCCUGUGCAGGUGAAUUAGGGAUUGUCAACAGGACAUUGUGCAUGUUUUUGUAUGACAGUUGGAGCACAUUCAGACUCCAUUGCCUCUUGCCUCCUCAAUUGCCUCUCUUCUCUUUGUCUGACAUUUCUCUCCUGGACAGUCAAUGUUUCAGGAGUAAGUCCGAGUUAGCCUAGCUUUUGAUCUUUAUCUGCAUAGUCUGUUGAAACUGAAGAGAACUGGCAUCAUAAGUUCCACCUCCACAACGCUGAGGUCUUUUUGGAGAGAUUUCAGUAGGGCUUCCCCUAUAAGGGGGAUGCUACUCUACCAUACCAGUUUACUCCAGAGGAAUCAACUGCCAUAUUUAAUUGUUUUCCAAACAUGUCUCUGGUAAUCAGAUAUACAGGUUCAUCAUGAAAGACACUGUUUUCAUAUUCAACAAGUGACCAAAUAGGUUGCUCAAAUGCGUCUGUGUAUGUUUUUUUUAUAUCCGUGGCUGAAUUUCAUUAGGCUAGCUGUCACUGCCAUGUUUAUACUGUAUAAUGUCCAUUCUGGCCUUGUGUCUUUUGCAUGUAUUUGACCGUGUGUGUGUGUGUGUGUGU